AACUCUGCACGAUCGCGUCCCGUCCUUCUAGUGGGCGGAAGGUCGGCGAACGAGGAACCCUAGCCCUAAUCAGUUUCGAUUAGCAAGGUAAGGUUCCAACACGGCCGGCCUGAUUUCUCGAGGAGUCUUGCAGCGGUGCGACGAUGGCGGCUUCCCUCGGCGCGGCGGGGAGGUGGAUCAUGCGUCUUCCACUGGAGGGGAUUCGCCACGCCCAGCAGAUUGACAGAUCCAGCCGUCUUUGGAAGCAACACUGUGGCUCAGAGUACGGUGCGUCGGUUAUCCGGCAGUACAAGGAGCACCUCUACGAUCUCAUCGCCGGCGGCCACCCCGACUCCGCGACCUUCUUGCGGAACCGGAGUCUGCUCAAGGAUCUCUCUACACAAAUCGAGCCUAGACCACAUGACCCUCUAUGGCGCAAGUUAAAAAGAAACAAGAAGGUGGCUCGUCAUGCUGCGUGGACGGGUAUUGUUCUUAUUUAUGCGCUCGGUUAUCGUGCCUUGGCUUCCGGUCCUGAAAUAGUAGAGUAUGAAGGAUAUCUUGUUACUGCCGAGAGUCUAGCCAUGAUACAAGGAUAUCAGCAGGCUGCUGAGAGAGUGCACAAGCAAGAUGGAUACCAGCCUAUUGCUACUGCUGAAUAGGAGAUGGGUUGAACAUGACAUGCAUGCAUCUUGUUUCAAGGAGAAGCAAGACGGAUAUCAGUUCUUUUCCGGUACCAUGUUAUAUAUCCUUUCAGUCUAGAACUUGAGACAUGGCAUGUUACGUAUCCUUUCCGUCUAG